AUGCCAGUUCCAUUAGCUAGAACCCGACGUUCAAAGCCCAAAUCUCGUACUUCGCAGUCUUCCUCCAGAUCAAAUGGGAGUAAAAAACCUUCACGACAAAUCCCAAAUUCCAAAAUAGUAUCAUUUCUUAAUCCAUUUGACAAUACCUCCAAUUCUCCCAACUUUGUCAGGUCCACACCCAAAACCGAAUAUAUAUCACCAACUACCACACCUCCUUCAUCACCUCCAACUUUUCCUUCAGGAGUAAGGAAGGUACAGGUGAACGUACUGCCAACAGUAGAUUAUGUAUCACCCUCAUCCAGACUUUUAAACUCCUUUUCCGUUUCGAACCAGACUCAAAAGGGUGAGAGUGAAGUACCUGUACCCGUAGCCAUGCCGAAACCUCGUAGAUUAUUCAAAGAGGAACUUGCUUCACCGUUGCUCAAAGGGAGGUACGUACUGAGUACGAUCAAGACGCAGGAUGGGAUGAGUAUAUUAAGGAGAUCAUUCGUUAUUGGAAGGUCGAACGAGGAGAUUGAGAAAGUCAAAUUUGAUGUCAGCAUGGUGGCACGGAAGUGA